AACAUCGCUUAUCACUAGCUGCAACUUCGGGAGACAGGAAAGAUGCAAGUGAGAAGGUUCAUGUGUCCAUCUCUUAUCACUAGCUGCAACUUCGGGAGACAGGAAAGAUGCAAGUGAGAAGGUUCAUGUGUCCAUCUCUUAGAUCUUCGCGCAGUUCAGGGGAGGUGGUGGUGGUGGUAGGUGUGUGUGUGCGCGCGCGCGUGUGUUUUCUCCUGUAAAUCAGAGAUGCCACAGCCUGCAUGCUGCUCACCAGUGCACCUGGAGAGACAGCAAGAUGUUUCCACCCUCUGGGCUUGGAGGCUGGACAGGUGUGAGGAGCAGCCAGAGUCUGCCUGGUACAGGAACCAUGAGCAUCUCAGCUGUGGGGGAAGAACGUUAACACUCCUGGCUCAGCGAAAACCAGCAAUGUCCUCCUAGUCUCUCUCCUCUUGAAGUUAGUUACUCAUCCUCCUAGAACUUUCUUUUCCAGUAAGAGAACACACACCGAGCAGGGUACAAGACAGUGGAGCUCAGCUCCUCUGGCGGGCUGCCUACACCUGCUGAGUCACUCAUAAUGGCCCCUCAGAUGUCAUUUUCUUGCUAAGACAUUUGCAAAAAUUUUCUGGUUCUAAAUCACACGCAAAUGGUAUAAUUCAACAAUCUUCUCUGAGUUAUUCAGGGAACUUCAAUGCACUCAGAAGUGGAAGAUCGGGGCAGAUGAAAUCAAUGAAUUCUCUGAGUGCUCUGUUUUUCUCUGAAUUCUAUUUCAUUUGCCAAAUGGAGGGUGGGGGCAGCUCCAUCUGACCCCUGGGGGAUAACUCCUGGGGGAAGUCUGGAAGCAGCCGAUUCGGGGUUUCUGGGUGACACUGGUUUUUCUUAUCUUCCCGGUUCUAUUUCUGUAAUAGACGCAAGUGUCAUGCGGGAAAAGGCUUGCUGCUACGGAGCCUUCUGUGGAUGGCUGUGACAGGCCACUGGAGGAGAGGGUUUCAGGCUCAGGGCUGGGCUGGUCCUGGUUGGGAAUUUCAGUGUUGUGGGCCAUAGCGUCCUCACCACACUUGCUAGGAGAAGCUCCUGCCCUCUGGGGCAAUGCUUGCUGAUCUCCUCACCUAAAUGCAGGCACUGCUAACCUGCCUUGGUCACAGCCCUUUGUCGGCGGCGGAGGGGGGAGGGGGGGCAGAAAACAACUUUGUCACUCAUCACGGUGGCCACUGUGAAUCACUUGCUGCAGUUCAGGACGGGGGGCGGUCACCUUCAGCCUGGCAAAACAGACCUUGGGGUCGUGCCGGCAUCUCCAGGGGCAGUGUUCGCCUAUGUCCUGCACAGGGCCCGCUUCUACCAAUCUGAGGGCAAGGCGGACUGUAUUCCCCACCUCACUGCUGGCACUAAGUUGGCAAUCAGAGGAGAGCUGUUUCCUCUGGGGAGCAGGUACCUUCAGAAACAAGGACAAGAGAGCUGAGACAGGACGCACGCCUUUCCAGACCUGCUGCCUUUCCUGCCACUCUGUUCUGCCCAGACAUUUUAAAUUGAGACAGGCCCCGAUGUCCACGGCCAUGUCAAGUCUGCCGCACAGUAGGUGCUCCGUCUGUAGGUGUGGAAUGCAGCUCCCCCUCCCACCCUGCGAAGCCCACUUGAAAAAUACCACCGGCAGCCACAUGUUAGGGGUCAGCCCUGGCAGGCCCAGUCCUCACAGACUUGUGACGUGGUGACUUUUAUUUCAUUUUUCACGUGAAAAAGUUCGGGUCUAGGGCGGAGAUGGGCCCCUGGGUGGUGGAGCUGCCACUCCGUCCCUCACCCUCUCACAGCCCAGUGUCCAAAGCUCAGCACUCGCCUGGCCUGAAUAAACAUGGCCGGUGAUACAAGAAUCAAAGCAAACAGGGCUUCUCUCUUUUUCCUCCUUUUUGCCAACUGCCCCAUUAACAGAAAAACCUUUUAAGCGCCCACCUGGAAACCUGGCUUUUUCCCCUCCCUAAGCAAACUAAGAUGGCCAAGAGGAAUGUGCUGCAGUGCGGAGGGUGGGCGGAGGACCCCAGCAGCCUGGAUCCUGCUCACAUGGCAAACAGUGAACACAGACAGACCAGAAAUGCCCCGUGGGCCCAGCCCUGUGGUCCCUGCAGCAAGGCAGUUUGUGGCCAACAGGGGCUCCUUUCAGGAGCUGGGCCACAGAAGGCCACGGCUGCCCACCGGUCACACCUUCCCGUAAUAGCUCACUGCGGUUAUUCCAUCUACAGUCUGUCCCCAACAUCCAGGUUUCUUGGAACAGUUUAUAUCUCCAGCCUAGACCACCUCUUAUGGAAUGGAGGAAAAAGGUGACCCCACCUGGAGAAGGACAUACUCGUUGAAGUGCUCUGGUCCCCAGAAGAGGAAGUGUCUCUGAUGAGGGACCUGCCUGUGGGAAGAUCAUGGAUCUGUCUUUGAUCUUCGGAGAAGUCUGAGUAAGCUGCCAGCAUCAAAACGACCUUGAAGUACAGUGCUUCAUAAUAUGGGAUCUCCUGGAAACAAGGACUUCCACUUAGAACCACCCUGCCAUGAUCAAAGUCAAGAAAUGGAACACUGAUACAAUACUAUUUUCCAAUGUACACAAUCCUUAUUUGAAUUUUGACAAUGAUCCUCAUACCAUCCUCUAUAGCAGCCCUCUUCCCUGGUCCUGGAUCCAGCCCAGGAUCACGGGGUGCACUGUCAGUACUCAAGGGCAGCCUGGGAUCUACACACUAGACAGAGUUCUGGGAGAUGAUUGGUGAGGAACACGGGAUCGACUUGGCUGGGAGCGACCGCGGGGCCUCGGCCUUGCAGCUGGAGAGAAUCAGCGUGUACUACAAUGAAGCCUACGGUAGGAAAUAUGUGCCCCGAGCAGUCUUGGUGGACCUAGAACCUGGGACGAUGGACAGCAUUCGAUCUAGCAAAUUAGGAGCUCUCUUUCAACCCGACAGUUUUGUCCAUGGUAACUCUGGGGCUGGCAACAACUGGGCCAAAGGCCACUACACGGAGGGAGCCGAGCUGAUCGAGAAUGUCCUAGAGGUGGUGAGGCACGAGAGUGAGAGCUGUGACUGCCUGCAGGGCUUCCAGAUCGUCCACUCCCUGGGCGGGGGCACAGGCUCCGGGAUGGGCACUCUGCUCAUGAACAAGAUUAGAGAGGAGUACCCGGACCGGAUCAUGAAUUCCUUCAGCGUCAUGCCUUCUCCCAAGGUGUCGGACACGGUGGUGGAGCCCUACAACGCGGUUCUGUCCAUCCACCAGCUGAUUGAGAAUGCAGAUGCCUGUUUCUGCAUUGACAAUGAGGCCCUCUAUGACAUCUGCUUCCGUACCCUGAAGCUGACGACACCCACCUAUGGGGAUCUCAACCACCUAGUGUCCUUGACCAUGAGCGGCAUAACCACCUCCCUCCGGUUCCCGGGUCAGCUCAACGCAGACCUGCGCAAGCUGGCGGUGAACAUGGUCCCCUUCCCCCGCCUGCACUUCUUUAUGCCCGGCUUUGCCCCACUCACGGCCCAGGGCAGCCAGCAGUACCGAGCCCUCUCCGUGGCCGAGCUCACCCAGCAGAUGUUCGAUGCCCGCAAUACCAUGGCUGCCUGUGACCCCCGCCGUGGCCGCUACCUCACAGUGGCCUGCAUUUUCCGGGGCAAGAUGUCCACCAAGGAAGUGGACCAGCAACUGCUCUCCGUGCAGACCAGAAACAGCAGCUGCUUUGUGGAGUGGAUUCCCAACAACGUCAAGGUGGCUGUCUGCGACAUCCCGCCCCGGGGGCUGAGCAUGGCCGCCACCUUCAUUGGCAACAACACGGCCAUCCAGGAGAUCUUUAAUAGGGUCUCUGAGCAUUUCUCAGCCAUGUUCAAAAGGAAAGCUUUUGUGCACUGGUACACCAGCGAAGGGAUGGACAUAAACGAAUUUGGGGAAGCUGAAAAUAACAUCCAUGAUUUGGUAUCCGAGUACCAACAAUUUCAAGAUGCCAAAGCAGCUCUAGAGGAAGAUGAAGAGGUCAUGGAGGAGGCAGAAAUGGAGCCAGAAGAUAAGGGACAUUAACUGUGAGGGAAGCUGUGCCGCGGAGUCGCUCACAGAACAGUCUCUCAUUAGAUUAGUGUUUCUCCUGCGGCACUCCAAAACCCAUUCUGCACUGCGGCACCGUGAAUGAUACGCCCUCACCAUUAGCUUCCACACAGGGACUGCGGGAGACAGGUGGGGAGCAGCUGACAGGCAUUAGGGUCUUUGCUGACAUUUACUAACCUUGAAGAGUUUGAUGUUCAAUGCAUACUUAUUACCUUAAAAAAAUAGCAAAUUUAUUGUAAAGUGCUCCCUUUGUUUCAAAGUGUUUGCCAGGCAUCCAGACUACACGUGUGGAUUUGCAGGGAGCCACUGGAGUUGGUGUUACAUUUUUAUACUUUAGCAGCACUGAUAGGCACCCUGGAAUCCUCACUUGGUAUCCGAGGGCUACUAAGACUCUUUCCUUAGGUUCUUUCCUCUGAGCAAACACUGCCUGGCAUCCUGCCUUCCAGUGCCUGCCAGCCUCCAGAAGAGCCAGGUGCCUGACUAGUACAUGGGGAGCUACAGAGCCAAGGUCAAUGUGAGUCAACAUCCACUAGAAAUAUCCAUGUUGUGUAGACCUGUGCAUACAACAUGCUAACUGGAAAAGAGGAAAAAAGAAAAGCCACAGUCCUCUCCACAAAAAUACCUGGUCCAAACAAGAAAAACAAAAAGACAAGCAAAACUAAAGAACUGCAGUCUUCUGAUCUUUAUUUCUGAAGAGCUAGCCUUUAACAUAUAUGUUUAUAUAGUUUAAAUUUCUUACUACUGUUAGAUCCCAGGAAUUCAUUAAUAAUCAUCCUUGACUUUCCUUUUAAAGGCUAUUUUGAAAUGCUCUUUUCACUUUCAUUCAGUCAUCACCCCCCAAAAUGCUCUGCAGCCUCUCUGCUCUUUGAGAAAGGGCACACCAUGCGCUCGGCAACCAUUCAAAUGCAGGAAUUAAGCAGCAAUGGCUGCAGUGUCCUUCUCAGUUACGGAGGACAUCGUCUCAUUAGGGAACUUUUACAGUUCAAAUUAAUUUGCAGAAGUUGCCAUAAAUGUUUGCAUAAUGACAUAGCUUUAACCACUACAUGAUUUUAAUCUGCUCACAUUAUAACAGGACCAAAUACACAAGAGCGUAAUCAAAUCAUCUGUAACUUCUUAAUUACAGUUUACCUAUUUCUGACAUGCAGCACUGCCAUCUCUUCCAGCACCAUCAGGGUUUUAAUGGCCCUCUAGAAUUACCACUGAGAUGCACUAUUUGAUCCAUGGAUAACCGGUAAUGGGAAAAUGCUCCGACCCUCAAUGCAGUAAAUAUUUACUUGCAGGCAACUGGGUUCUCAUCUCUUGAUUUGCUUUUGUAAUCAGCAAUAAUAAAAUAGCAGGUAGAUGGAUGACAGUUGCUCAUUCUGAGAAACUUCACUCUUUUCACUUAUGCAUCACGAGGAAAUAACUAAAAUACAUACCAAGAGAAAAAUACCUUGCCAUCGGAUCAUCAACAAGUCUUCUAUUUACAAACUUCAAAAAACACAAAACAACAAUCAUGUUUUAAAUGCUUUCUACUUGUGGUUCAAGAAGCACUAGAUGUAGUAAGAAACUCUACCUAUCUACUUAGUUUGAAGUUAGUAACUUCCUGAGAUGCUAAAGACUUACAGCCUGCGAUUAUACAAGGAUUUACACAUGCUUCCUCUGGUGCUUUACUUCACAAACCUAAAAAAGCAAUGAAAUAGAUGUAAGGAAGGAGGGAUUUAAACCUUUUAAAAAACUUUUGCUGACUUAUAUUACUGUAAAGAUUUGUUUGCUCAAUAGUAAUCAUUAAACUACAAAGUAAUUCAA